UUCUAAUUGUUUUGGAAUUGAUGGUUCUGUAUAAUUUUGCGUACCAAAAAGCCCAUGUACGUCACAAGGCCCCCCCUUUUCCAACGCCGCUGCCUUCCCCCGUCAAAAUCCCUUAGUUCCGUCAUUCGUCGCCUGAUGUCGCCUGUCCAAAACAUCACUUUGACGCUUUGACACACUUUCCGUCUCUGUCGCCGUGAAGAUGGCGGCUGAUGCAGUUGUUAAAGCAGUGCGGAGCGUAAUUUCGAAAAGUAAAAGUUGUUUGUAGUAAAAACCGCUCAAGUGAUGUCCAUAACGUCCAAUCUCGCGAAUCCGUCGCAAUGACAGGUGGAACAAACCAGGCAAUUCACUCACCCCCCCUGUACCAGGACCAGGGCGCCACCAUCCUGCCCUGCACCUCCCAGGACACGGCUGCGCCCCCCAGCUACGAGGAAGCCAUAAACCCCAACGCCCCGCCUCCCUCGUACGACUCUCUCUUCGGGCGCGUGCGGGAAGCCCAGAAGACGAGCAAAGGCGUCAUCGACUUCCUCAAAAACAUCAUCAUAAUAGUGCUGGGAACGCUUGGCUGCACUGUGAUCCUGGGGGUGACCAUUGUCAUCCCCAUAUGCAUGAUCGUGAUGGGGCUGCUGUACCUCUACGACUGCCCCCAGGGCGAGUACAUUCCGGUGUAUCUGCUCGUGGGGGGCAUCUUCGGGGUGCUGAAGCAGCUGCUGCACCUCUCGGCGAGGGUUCGACAGACUGAGGAGGAGCGCCAGGAGGAGAGCCUGAGGCAGUCGCCGACACAGACUUUGCUGAACUGCUUUAUGCUUGGAUGGUUUAUUAUUGGCUCAGUUUGGGUUUACAAAGAGUACGAGCCGAACUACAACCCAACCGAGGGCCAAUAUUGCAAUAAAAACCUCUACUUGUUCGCUUUCUGGCUGAUCACUUCCGUUUACAUUCUUUUGGGUACCAUCACCGUGUGUCUAUGUUCGAUAAGUAUAGCCACUGUGGUCUUCCACACCGACCAUAGAGACAGCGAGCUGAGGUCGGGCUCGUUCUGAGGGGCACCGUUUGCCAUUUUUUCAAUCGUCUGUGAUACAAUUUUAUUUUUUAAGUUUUGGUGGACGUCGAUCAUUUCAUGACAUGUAACGCAUUUAAAUAAUUAAGGUGUACUCUACUAAGCUUUCAAGACAAAAAUGUGUACAAAUUUUGUCGUUCCGACACUAAAGUUAUGACAAUUGUAUUAAAUAUUGAAAGACUGCUUCCGACGCUUAGUGUUUGUGUAUGCUAAUUGUUGAAAUUUCCAUUUAAAGAGAGUUGACCAAUUUAUUAGAUUUUUGUUUUUAUUUUUUUUGUUGUUGUUGAAAUUAACGCGGCGGGGACGGGUUUUCUAUUUAUUUUUUUUUUAUUAUUUAAUUUGUAAUGGUUGUGUGAUAUGUUUCAUCUUUAUAUUGUCGUUUCUCAUAUCAGCUCGAAGAAUUUUUACACAGUUUUCUAGUUAUACAAUAUUUAUUUAGUUUAUUGUAGCAGUGAUGACUUCGCAUAUUUUAUAAAUAUAUAUAUUGUAAAUAUCGAAA